GAGCUCUGGUGCAGAAGUACAGAGCUCAGGACACAGCACAUCCAUAGUUGUAAAAAGAGGGGGUACUCUCUCUCCACUUACUCUCUUUCAAGACUUCUUUCAGAAGGUAAGAUAUUGAUAACUCCAAAGGCUGUCUUCGGUGGAAGCAGCAAAAAUGAAAACCAUUUACUUUGUGGCUGGAUUGUUUGUAAUGCUGGUACAAGGCAGUUGGCAACGCUCUCUUCAAGAUGUAGAAGAAAAAUUGAGGCCAUUCCCAGCUCCCCAGACAGAUCCUCUCGGUGAUCCAGACCUGAUGAAUGAAGACAAGCGCCAUUCACAGGGUACAUUCACCAGUGACUACAGCAAGUAUCUGGAUUCCAGGCGUGCCCAGGAUUUUGUGCAGUGGUUGAUGAACACGAAGAGGAACAAGAAUAACAUUGCCAAACGUCAUGAUGAAUUUGAGAGACAUGCUGAAGGGACCUUUACCAGUGAUGUAAGUUCUUAUUUGGAAGGCCAGGCUGCCAAGGAAUUCAUUGCUUGGCUGGUGAAAGGCCGAGGAAGGAGAGAUUUCCCAGAAGAAGUCACCAUUGUUGAAGAACUCCGCCGCAGACAUGCUGACGGUUCCUUCUCUGAUGAAAUGAAUACAGUUCUUGAUAAUCUUGCCACCAGGGAUUUUAUAAAAUGGUUGCUUCAGAACAAAAUUAAUGACAGGAAGUAAACUUGACACUAUUCGAGAUCACCUUUGCAACAUCACCUGCUAACCACAUGGGAUGUGUGAAAUUUUGAGUUCUGUAAAUUUAAGCAGUGUAUUCUGAAGCUGUCUUGCUGUGCAAACCAAUAAUCUUUAUGUUAAUAAUGUGUAGCUGUAAGGUUAUAAACUGCAUACACCAUUGUCAAAAUACUGUUAAAAUAUCAGUUUUAAAAUAUGAAAAUGCAAGACUCUCUUGCUUUCUUCAUAUUUUGGAUGAAGUGGCCUCGCUUGCAUAUACUUAGCCGGGAAAUUGUUAUACUAGGACACAUAAUGUGUAUAUAAAUCAUCCCAAUCAGAGAAGAUAUGCAUUAUAAUAAUAGGACAAGGGAACAACAGGUUGUCACUGUGGUGGAAAGAGAACUUACAACUUAAAGUAUUUGUCAUAGAAGUGUUCUGCUUUCAACUUAAAUAAAAAAUUAAAUAAAAUUUUCAAGUGUCUUA